UUGAUUGACAGGGUCACGACUCCUGGGGGGCGGGCUGGUUGCUGCAGUAAGCUGGAUCCGGCCAUGUCGGCCGCUGAGAAUGGUUUGGGGUCUGGGUCCCUUUCGAUGCACGACUUUAGCGAGAGGCUGGCUGGCCAGUCGGUGUACUUUCACGUCCUAAGGAUGUCGGGCAGCUUCUUCCUGUGGGUUGGCACCGCCCCUACCCUCUCCAACCUGGCGGUCGCUAUGAGCACCAGAUUGGACCCAACUCCAGUAUCCUCGCUAAUCCUUGGAGACACCUCUGAUACCACGCCUAAUUCGUUAGCACAAAGGCUUGCUAAGAAGACUGGGAAACAGGUGUUCAUCAGCUAUAACCUACCGAAUACCAACACUAACCUGUCGCUAGAAGUGGAAAACAGAAUCAAACAGGAAAUGGAGGCCAAUCCAGAUAAAUUCUAAGUGUGUUUUUUAAAGAUAUACUGCUUUGAUUAAUAAAUUUUUUUUAACUGUCUGCGUUCUUUGAUCAACUUAUAUUUUGAUAAAGCACAAUGCGGUAAGAGAUGUGGCGGUUUGCUGAUUCCAACAGCUUAGUAAGAUACCUAGUGAAUUACUGUCAUUUACUUCUGUAACUGUGGAUAUUCCAGACUCCUACACAAAACCCUGCUGCUGCCACCUCACAGACUGUUUGCAGUCUUCCAUUACAUGUGUGCAGAUUGCAGCCGUCCUUUGACAUCAUUGCCAUGGGCUGGCAAAGGACUACAAUUACAGGGUCAAAGAGAAGCUUACCAUGGACAUGUUGGGGAAUCUGCGCAGCAUCUGCACACAUGGCUAGAAAUGCAGUGUGUUGCUCUGGAGUUAGAGGGACUCAGGUCAUGUGGCAUCUGUAGAGCAAUCUCGAUUAAAGGUGUUGACCUGAAACAUCAGUUGUGUGUUUCCUGUCACAGAUGCUGCUCAGGGUGCUGAGUUCCUCCAGCAGUUUGUGUUUUGCUCCAGAUUCCUGCAUCUGCAGUCUUUUGUGUCGUCUAACCUUGAGCUGUAGUUGGUGUGUAAAGGAACUGUACUGUGGCUGAACCCACUUCAGCAAACACAUUGUGUACCA